GGCUCCGUAGAGUCACGCGACGACCGUUGAGGGAGCCUGGUUUGGCACGCACGAACAGUUAUUUUCUAAACAUGGACGCGUCAUCGGUUCUUCUGGCCAUAGCCUGUCUUUGCGUCGCAAUUUCCAGUGGUGUCUUCGGGCAGACUCCCACGUCCUGUGAAUCAGACGCGGAUUGUAUUCGAGGCCAAAGAUGUGUGCUGCACGGCAACUUCUCUCAAAGUGCUAACUGCGAGACGUACCACACGUGUAUUCCUGUCGCUAACGACGGUUGCACGUGCAAUCCUGGGUAUGCGUGCUACAUGAAAUUUUGCAUUCAAGCUCCUUUCGAAUGCUUGGUGCUUGAGGACCUGAAUUCACGCUGUGGUGGCUCCGAAGGUCCCAAGUGCUCGUCAAACGAAGUGUGCGGCUACAGGAGAACGUUCCUGAGUUGCAUCAAGUGUCCCUGCUACGGCACGCACGAAGCUGUCUGUGUGCCCAGAGAUCCUGAAAACACCUGUCACCGCGACAGCAUGGUCCAGGUGGAAAGAGACGGAACCUCGGGCUACGUCUGUAAGGGUUGUGCUUCGCCUGCCUCGGUACUGACUGCCCGGAAUCGCCCUUCUUGCAAAUGAUCUUUGCAAUAGAAGAACGAGAUUACAAGUCAUUCCUCGUUUUAGUUUGGCACUAUCAUUAUUUUUGUUUUGUUUUGUUCUGUAGUCAUUAAAUAAAGAUGCGGAUGUACCCGGACGAGGUAAAUGCUG